CCACAGCUAAAAUGAGGAAGGGAUCUCCCUUCGACGACUCAUCCCCGCGGACCCUCUGGCACUAGGCUCCCCAGGGCCUGCGAAAUGCGCGCCCCUGGAGACUUCUUGCAAUCCGGAUGCCCAACACCUGGAGGCAUUAGAAGGCCUGGGCUUGGGCUGAGAAAGGGACCUUCUGCAACCGAUGUCGGGGUACAGGGGAUGCAGCCCCGAGCCCGGAGAAAAGUGAAAGGCGAGAUGACACACACAGAAUCGGGGCAAACACUGGAGCCGGGGACGAAACUCCGCGCCCGGGGCAGCAGGGAAGAAGAAAACCCGUGCCCAGAGGAAAUAAAAAACCUGGGGUUGAAGCCCCCUCGGUUGGUCCAGGACACCCACCCAGCCCCUCCACGCAGAGCCAGGAAGGAAAGAGAGCCUCAUGCCUAAGCCGAGGGGAGCAUCAUGGAUCUGACAAAGAUGGGCAUGAUCCAGCUGCAGAACCCCAGCCACCCCACGGGGCUCCUGUGCAAGGCCAACCAGAUGCGGCUGGCCGGCACGCUGUGUGAUGUGGUCAUCAUGGUGGACAGCCAGGAGUUCCAUGCCCACCGGACUGUGCUGGCCUGCACCAGCAAGAUGUUCGAGAUCCUAUUCCACCGCAACAGCCAGCACUAUACCCUGGACUUCCUCUCGCCAAAGACCUUCCAGCAGAUUCUGGAGUACGCAUACACGGCCACACUGCAAGCCAAGGCGGAGGACCUGGAUGACCUGCUGUAUGCAGCCGAGAUCUUAGAGAUUGAGUACCUGGAGGAGCAGUGCCUGAAGAUCCUGGAGACCAUCCAGGCCUCGGAUGACAAUGACACGGAGGCCACCAUGGCAGAUGGCGCGGCCGAGGAGGAAGAGGACCGCAAAGCUCGGUACCUCAAGAACAUCUUCAUCUCGAAGCAUUCCAGCGAGGAGAGUGGGUAUGCUGGUGUGGCCACACAGAGCCUCCCGGGACCCGUGGUGGACCAGAGCCCUUCCGUCUCCACCUCAUUCGGUCAUUCAGCCAUGAGUCCCACCAAGGCUGCGGUGGACAGUUUGAUGACCAUAGGACAGUCUCUCCUCCAGGGAACUCUUCAGCCUCCUGCGGGGCCUGAGGAGCCCACUCUGGCUGGAGGCGGGAGGCAUGCUGGGGUGGCUGAGGGGAAGACGGAGAUGAUGCAGGUGGACGAGGUGCCCGGCCAGGACAGCCCUGGGGCCACCGAGUCCAGUACGGCGGGCGCCGUGGGGGACAAAGUUGAGGAAAGGGGCAAAGAGGGGCCCGGGACCCCGACUCGGAGCAGCGUCAUCACCAGCGCUCGGGAGCUGCAUUAUGGGCGUGAGGAGAGCGCGGAGCCCCUGCUGCCUGCCGCCGAGGCUGGCCAGGGCCCCCCGGGCCGCCCCGAGCACCCCGCGCCCCCAGCUGAGAAACACCUGGGCAUCUAUUCCGUGUUGCCUAACCACAAGGCUGACGCCGUGUUGAGCAUGCCAUCCUCAGUGACUUCGGGCCUCCACGUGCAGCCUGCCCUGGCUGUGUCCAUGGACUUCAGCACCUACGGGGGGCUGCUGCCCCAGGGCUUCAUCCAGCGGGAGCUGUUCAACAAGCUGGGGGAGCUGGCUGUGGGCAUGAAGUCCGAGAGCCGGACCAUCGGGGAGCAGUGCAGCGUGUGUGGGGUGGAGCUUCCCGACAACGAGGCUGUGGAGCAGCACAGGAAGCUGCACAGUGGCAUGAAGACGUACGGGUGUGAGCUCUGCGGGAAGCGGUUCCUGGAUAGUUUGCGCCUGAGAAUGCACUUACUGGCUCAUUCAGCGGGUGCCAAAGCCUUUGUCUGUGACCAGUGUGGAGCCCAAUUCUCGAAGGAGGAUGCCCUGGAGACACACAGGCAGACCCAUACUGGCACGGACAUGGCCGUCUUCUGUCUGCUGUGCGGGAAGCGAUUCCAGGCCCAGAGCGCGCUCCAGCAGCACAUGGAGGUCCACGCGGGCGUGCGCAGCUACAUCUGCAGCGAAUGCAACCGCACCUUCCCCAGCCACACCGCCCUCAAACGCCACCUGCGCUCACACACCGGCGACCACCCAUACGAGUGUGAGUUCUGUGGCAGCUGCUUCCGGGAUGAGAGCACACUCAAGAGCCACAAACGCAUCCACACGGGCGAGAAACCCUACGAGUGCAAUGGUUGUGGCAAGAAGUUCAGCCUCAAGCACCAGCUGGAGACGCACUACAGGGUGCACACGGGCGAGAAGCCCUUCGAGUGCAAGCUGUGUCACCAGCGCUCCCGGGACUACUCGGCCAUGAUCAAGCACCUGCGAACGCACAAUGGCGCCUCGCCCUACCAGUGUACCAUCUGCACCGAGUACUGCCCCAGUCUCUCCUCCAUGCAGAAGCACAUGAAGGGCCACAAGCCCGAGGAGAUCCCGCCCGACUGGAGGAUAGAGAAGACUUACCUCUACCUGUGCUACGUGUGAGCGGGGCCGCGGCCGCGGCAGGGGAGCGGGCAGCCGGGACAGAGGCGCUCCAGCGGGCCGAAGUCGCCGACGGACU